AUGAAUGAAGAUCUGAAGGUUAAUUUGAGCUGGCUGCCUCAGGAUCAUGUAGAAGCCAGCUCUACCGAGAAUGCCUCAGCUGCAGGCUCCUCCCUGGUUCCUGUCGUAGAUCCAGAGCCAGAGCUUUUGGUAAACCCCUGGGACAUUGUAUUGUGUACUUCAGGGACCCUUAUCUCCUGCGAAAAUGCUAUUGUGGUUCUUAUCAUUUUCCAUAAUCCCAGUCUUCGCGCCCCCAUGUUCCUCCUGAUAGGCAGCCUGGCGCUGGCAGAUCUCUUAGCGGGCAUUGGAUUGAUCAUCAAUUUCGUUUUUGCAUACCUUCUGCAAUCAGAAGCUACGAAACUGGUUACGAUUGGACUGAUUGUUGCCUCUUUCUCAGCGUCUGUUGGCAGCUUGCUGGCCAUUACUGUUGAUCGUUACCUCUCCCUGUAUUACGCUUUGACUUAUAAUUCAGAGAGGACUGUCACUUUUACCUAUGUCAUGCUUAUAUUGCUCUGGGGAGCAUCUAUCUGUAUUGGACUGCUGCCUGUAAUGGGCUGGAACUGCCUCAGAGAUGAAUCCACCUGCAGUGUUAUCAGACCGCUCACUAAAAAUAAUGCAGCAGUCCUUUCAGUCUCUUUCUUGCUUAUGUUUGCCCUCAUGCUGCAGCUCUACAUUCAAAUCUGUAAAAUUGUGAUGCGCCAUGCCCAUCAGAUUGCCUUGCAACACCAUUUCCUGGCCACUUCCCACUAUGUGACCACCCGAAAAGGAGUGUCUACUUUGGCCAUUAUUUUGGGGACUUUUGCUGCUUGCUGGAUGCCUUUUACACUCUAUUCUUUAAUAGCAGAUUACACCUACCCUUCUAUAUACACCUAUGCCACCCUUCUGCCAGCUACCUACAAUUCCAUCAUCAAUCCUGUGAUAUAUGCUUUUAGAAACCAGGAGAUACAGAAAGCACUUUGGCUCAUCUGUUGUGGCUGUAUUCCUUCUAACCUGUCUCAGAGGGCAAGAUCACCCAGUGAUGUCUGA